AGUUAAUAAAAAUGGCUUUAUUAAAAGACGAUACUGCAUUUACUCAUGUAAUUGCAAUAGAUUUUGGGACUGGAGCAUCAGGGUAUAAUAUUAGGGGAAUUAUUUUAGAUUUGGAUUAGCUCCAAGAAUUUUAGAUAAGGAAGGCAAACCAAGAAUUGAGGUUUUCAAUCCAUGUGAUGAUACAGAUGAUCAAAAAACACCAACUGCAAUUCUAUUUGAUAAUAAUGGUUAAUUUAUUGAAUUUGGUUCUUAAGCACUUUAAAAAUAUGCAAGCAUGCUUGAUGAUGGUGAAACAGCCUAUUUGUUUUAAAAUGUAAAAAAUAAUUAUAAAAUUCUUAGUAUAAAAUGCAUUUGUAUCAUAUGCAUAAUCAAGCUAGGUCAUUGGAUAAUCGAGAACUAUCAUUAAUGCUAAUAAUAAGGGAAACAUUAAAAUAUAUAAGCAGCAAAGCAAUAUAGAAAUUGAAGGAAUAGGUAGGAAAAGUGAUACCUACAAAAAUCAGAUGGGUAUUAACAGUUCCAGCAUUGUGGAGUGAAGAACAUAAAUAAUUUAUGAGAAAGGCAGCAGUUGAAGCAGGCAUAGUUGAUCAUAUAAAUUCUCCAAAUUUAUUACUAUGUUUAGAACCAGAAGGCGCAUCUAUUCAAUGUAGAGAGGAUGCCGAAUAAACACUAAAGGAAUAAAUGGCCAAGAACUCUGUUGUGAUGGUUUUAGAUUGCGGAGGUGGUACUGUUGAUAUAACAGUUCAUAAAUUAUUAUGCGAGCCAAACGAAAAAUUUUUAUGUAAUGAAUUAAUACCAUCUUCUGGGGGCUGUGAAUGGGGAUCCAAAUAUGUUGAUCUCUAUUUCGAGGAAUUUUUGAAGGAGUUUUUGGGCGAUAAAUUAUUUAGAUCUUAUUAAUUAAAUGCUAUUGCUCGUUUAGAUAUAUUAAGAGAUUUUGAAAUACUGAAAAGGAAAUUUAAAGGAAAUAAGGAUGAAAAAUGUAUGAUCAAAUUCUCUUAUUUGGGAGAAGAAUUAAACACAAAUAAAUUGUCACUAUUAGUUAAAGAACACAAUCAAAAACAUCCUCCAGAAUAUCAGGUUAAAUUAAAGGGAUUAUCAAAUGUUGAAAUACCAUCAGCUUUGAUGGCUUCAUUCUUUUAGACUCUAUUUGAAAAUAUAAAAAAUAAAGUUGCUUAAUUAUUAGUUUAAGUGGAAUAGAAAAAGGAAAAAGUAAACUUUAUUUUUAUGGUCGGAGGUUUUAGCGAAUCUCCUUUUUUGAAGUAAGAAAUUAUUAAAAGAUUUGAAAAUAAUACAAUUUCGAUUUUAGUACCAAGAAGGCCUUAAGUCUCAGUCAUAAGAGGGGCUUGCUUAUUUGGUUUAAGUCCAAGAUCCAUCACAAGUAGAAUAGCUAAGAAAACUUAUGGAAUUAAUACAUUAACAACUUUUGAUCCUGAAAGACAUCCGAUAAAAAAAAAAGUCAUAAUAGAAGGAGAAGAAUUUAGUGAGGAUGUAUUUGAUGCUUUUGUUAGGAAAGGAGAUGCUGUUGGGUAUUAUUAUAAUACUAUAAUUUAGUUGUGAUGAGGUUCAUACUAAAAUAUAUUGUCCAGUCAGAUCUAGGCAGACCAUAAUGAGAAUCAUCUUUUAUGUAACUGAGAAAAGGGAAGUGGAAUUUGUAGAUUAAUAAGAUGUUCAAUAAUUAGGGGAAUUGUGCAUAGAUAUUGGAAAACCAUUAUAGUCUGUAGAGGAUAAGACAGUAAAAGUUACUUUACUAUUUGGAACCACCUGUAUAUAUGCUACUGCAACUAAUAAGGAUGGAACUGAAAUAAAAAAUUGCGAGUUCAAAUUCGAAUGUGGGUAAUGA